AGGCAUAUCUAUGCGUUGCCCCGAGUAUUCCUAAUACUACCGGCGUCACACCGAAGAUGGAACGAGGUCUAUUCUAGGUGCCUGGAACGCAUUCGAGUUUUAUUCAGGAGGCUGGACGACAAGCGUGGGUUCGCCGAGGAGCAUAGCCAUAGGAAUGUCAGCGAGAGCCGAAGAGGAUCUCCAGCCUGGAGUAUAAAUAGUCCAUCUAGCAGGUGAGGUAGUCCUCAUCCCACUCUCCCAUCUCCGCUGUGACAGGUGCUGGACACCGUCACUAUAAACGAACGAACGAACUUUCAUCGGGUGCUGGCCACUCCAAAAACACUCAACGACCAACCUUCCAGCAUUAUCUCUUCAACAUUUCGAAUUCUACAUCGCCCGUUACCAUCUUACAAAAAUGCGUUUCAUGAUGUCGCUUGCUUUUCUGUUGUUCGCCACUUCGAGUGCAUUCGCCGCGCCGACCCCAUUGCGGCCUGACGAGGCCGACGUCGCGCUGGUGGAUCGGUCCCUCAGUGGGGGUGUGAAGUUGGUCGGUGCUGGUUUACUAGGGGUAGCGGCCGGCGCUGUGGACCUUGGCGUCAGCGCUGUCGAGGACGUUGGCCACGUAAUCGGAAAAAUUCUUUGAAUUAUGUGGAAGGAUAUGAUACAAGUCAUUGUUGAUGGGCAUUGUGGAUGUUCGUUGUUGGAAUGACAUUCGUUGAC